GCGUUUCCCCUCCCUUUCUGCCAUGCCAGCACUGUCAUGGCGGCGUAAAAAAUACCAUGAAUUUAGUGGUUGUUCGAAGUGAAAUAAUCAGCAUUCUUCGCAAUUUUGAAACAAUUCUCAAUGUGUGCUAAGUUCGUAAAUGAUUGAUUGGACAGAGAACAGGUGUUGAGUGGCUGCCGCGACAAUUGUGUUUUCUGUGCAAAAUGGGUUCAAACAGCGAUGAAAUUGCACUCCUGGAACGCGUUCUCUUGAGAUUAGCGUGUGCAGAUACAGAUGAGCAGUUGGAGAAUGCCGUGAGUAAAUUCCUGGCGCCAGUUUUGCUGAAAAUAGUUUCACCUGAGGAAAGCGUGCGUCUGAAGGUCAUGGAGGUGCUGACGCACAUCAACAAGCGCCUGAAGACGCGACCGUUGAUCCAGAUUCCGGUGCAGGACAUCCUGUCGCAGUACCAAAGCACGGACUCGUCGUUUGCAAUGAACUUCGCCAUCAUUUACAUCACGAUGGGCUUUCCGCGAUUGCCGGCGGAUGUGAAGUCUCGGCUUACACCUCAGUUGCUGAUGGCGCUGUCUGGGAAGCCGGAGGUGCAUCAGGAUAAGAUAUUGGCGCUCAUCGUGCCCCUCCUGGGCGAGAUAAAGCUGCCGGAGGGCACGAAAGAGAGGCAGGAGGUGCAGGAGUUGCUUUCGCAAGAAGCUGUGAAGUGUCAGCUGAUCUCGUUCCUGCAGGACGUCUUGCUCUUCCCCUACGGCAUCACGCAGGAGAGCGAAGUGCCGGCUGGCAUGAGUGCGUACGCUUUCCGACGGAUCUCAGGCAAUCAGUGGCGCACUGAAGAACUGGAGGCGCACAAAACGGGAUUGGUGAAAUUCUUCUCCAGUGACUUGCUGGCACCCGAGGAUGCGGUCGUGCCGCUAAUUGUUGCCUCGGCGGACACGCGCUUUAGUGUGGCCACGCCGGCCAUAGCUGAGCUCAGUAAGAUCUGUAUUUCCAUGGAUUGGACCAAUCCGAGCGUCUCGGCGCCCCUCUACACACUCUUCUCGGGCAAUGGCGCCAAGAUUCCGGACAAGAAGUCCUCGCCUUGCAACGUGCGAGUGCGUCAGAAGCUGCUGCAGUACCUGCUGAAGUGCCGUGGCAGGGGAAUUGAUACGGUGAAGGGGAUUCAGGUGAUCUUCGAGGCGCUGUUCGGCGAGCAAACCAAUCAGCGGUGCAAAGUGCUCGCGCUGCAGUUCUGCGAGAACUUGAUAAAGGACGGCAAUCCGGAGCUGAUCAGGAAGGUGUCAAAGGUGAUCGCCACGGGAAUUGGGAAGCUGGUCAGUGCGACGGCGGAGCCUUUUGACGUGCAGAACGCCGCCUAUUCCGCCAUGUCGGUCCUCGUGGGCAUUUGCCCAGAGAUUGUGAAUAAGGACUUGGAGCUGGUGGUGACGUACUUUACGACACUAGGCAAGGCACCCACGGAGAUCCAGGCGAACCUCCGGGAGGCUCUCGUGGCCAUGGCGCCGGCCUUUAGUUGGCGCCAUGAAGCCGGCGAUCCGGGGAAUCACACUCUCUUGCUGGCUCUCAUUGCUCAACACUCGGAAUCGCAAAGCACAAUUGUCCAGAGUGUCUGUGUGGCCUUCCUCACCACUUGCUUCCCACCUCAGCAAGUCACAGCGCGAUAUCUUCUGCUGCUGAUUGCCGGCAACAGAGCCUCGCUCAGGGAGAGCAUCUUCAUCCAUCUGUACGGCUCGCCGAAGAAGGACAACAUCGACUACAGUCGGCUAAAGUGUGUGAGUGCGAAGGACGCCGGCGAGAGUUCAGUGAUCCUGCCGCAGUUUAAUGAAAUGGCACUGCAUUGUGCCGAAAUGGCCAGCAAGAGGCAGGAGAAUGCCAAUCAGAGAUUCGUGUCCGGGAAGAAUGUGCUGCCCUUCGAUGUGGAGACUUUUGCAGAGGUUCUGGACUACUUGAGGGCAUGCCUGUGGACUUCAGCUGGCUACACUACCCCGCCGAGUGCACACUUCAAUCCUGCGCCACUGAGAUCCUACAUUCUGGGCAACUCGAAGGCUUCGCAAGGCAUCAAGAUGUACAUCUCCCUGAUAAGACAGCUCGUCACUGUCCAGAGGGGAUUUGCGCCGCUGUGCUGUCUCUUUGAUCUCCUUCACGCGGCUCCGGACAUUCUCUGCAGUGAAAGCGCCGAGCUGAUGCCACUGUUAGCCAGCUCACUGAAAGACGUCACGGAGGACACGAGAACAAUUGUGGGACAACUCUAUGGCAUCCUGAUUGCCUUCAAUUACGACAAGGCGACAUUCGAUGAGGAGGUGCAGAACUUGCUGAAUGCGUCCAAUAAGAGUCUCGAGGGGCAACACGGCAGUCUCUUGGCUGCUGCUUAUGGAAUCCACAAGAGGAUUGACUUCCUGAAGCAGCCGGACAUUCUGCAGUGGGAGACGCUGAAGACGGCCGUGAUGGUGCUGAUGAAGUCCCUCCUGGACAGCCAUCCGAUGAUAAUUUCAGCCGCUGUUCGCGGGCUGUCCUUCAUCGGUGGUGUUACUGAAUUGCCGCUGCCCGGAGAAGCUGAAGAGGAAGUGGAGGGGUCCAAGCAGAAGCUCCUCAAUACACUGAUGGGCAUCUUGAAGAGCAACAGCGUGAAGCAGAAGCUGCGAGAGGAGGUGUGCUCUUGCCUGGCCAGUCUCUCGCGCGGAGAUUCGGCGUUCUACGCCCGGAGGAUCUUACAGGAGUUUCUCCAUCUCAACAAGCUGACGAAGGAUCCGGCUCUGCACAUUGCCAUCGGCCAAGCAAUUGGGCAGAUUGUGGGACGCCAGGAAGUGGAUGUGUUCAAGCAGGACAGCAUGAAGAUGGACACAGACGAGGUGGUGGGAGAUGAGGAGCUGGUCAAGUGGCUGCUGAAGGAGUUGAUAGGCCUGGUGGCUGAACUGCAUCCGUCUUCGCGACAAGCUGUCACUGUGUGGUUGCUGGCCACAGUGAAAUCCUGCCCAGGCAGCAUCGUGCGGGAGAACCGAGAAGUCCUCCAGAUGGCAUUCACUGAGCUGCUGUCGGAGAACAAUGAACUCGUGCAGGAUGUGGCUUCGCGGGGGCUCGGAGAGAUCUUCUCCCUGUCCAGUGACACUGAUCAGCAGGUGUUGGCCACUGAAUUGCUGCAGCAACUCACCGGCGGCCGUCGGCAGAUGAUGCAAGUGACCGGAGAGUCGAAGAUCUUCGAGGAGGGCGUGAUGGGAAAGACGCCUGGUGGCGAGAACAUCACCACUUAUCGUGAACUUUGCUCACUGGCGUCGGACCUCAACAAGCCCGAUCUCAUCUAUCAGUUCAUGCAGCUGGCCAAUCAUAAUGCCACGUGGAACAGCAAAUUGGGCGCAGCUUUUGGGCUGAAGUCCAUCGCUGGCGUGGCGAAGGGUGAGAUGCAGCCAUUCCUCGGGAAGAUAGUGCCCAGACUGUUUCGCUACAAGUACGAUCCGACACCCAAGAUACAGAACUCGAUGGUGAGCAUCUGGAAUUCUCUGGUGUCCAAUCCUAAGGAGAUUGUGGAGCAGUUCUACUGGGAAAUUCUGCAAGAGAUCACGCAGCAUCUCACGAAUCACGAGUGGCGCACGAGGAUGUCAUGUUGUCUCGCCGCCAGGGAUCUCAUCAAGCUGCCCGGGUAUCUGAAGCUGCGCGAGGGUGAGACGGAGGUGGAGCUGGUGGAGUUGUGGAGUCAGCUGUUUAGGGUGAUGGAUGACAUUCAUGAGGGCACAAGACUGGCUGCCGAAGGCACAGCUUCGGUGCUCAGUAAGGCGUGCAUUGUAGCGUCAUCCGCCGGACAUGGGAAGAGUGGCGUGCGCGUGGUGAAGAGCAUUCUGCCGCUGUUCCUCGAGAAGGGCAUCACGAAUGUGGUGCCGGAAGUGCGGAAGAUCUCCAUUCGCACCCUAAGCGAGAUCAUUGACACCGCAGGAGACUCCAUUGCACCUCAUCUGCCACUGCUGGUGCCUUGCCUGCUGCAGGCCACCGGCGAAGUGGAGAUCGACAAGCUGAGCUACAUGUCUACGCGAUACGGCGAUCAGUCUGAUGUGCAGGAAGUUGUGGACUCGAUGAGGGCUGAAGUGGCGAAGCAGCACCACACGAUGGUCGCUCUGGGGAAGUGUAUUCGGUACAUUGAUGUGGAGACACUGGAGAAGAUCACGCCUGGGAUUGUGGAUCUCAUCAAGACGAGCGUGAAUCUGGGCACAAAGAUUGCCUGUGCGCACUUCAUUUGUCAAAUUUCCGUGCGUCUGGGCCAGGAAAUGACACCGCUAUCGGGGAAAUACCUGAGUGCCUGCUAUCAUGGUAUUGCGGAUCGGAAUCUCACUGUGCGGAAGUACUUCGCCAGCGCCAUCGGCCACUUGUCUGGCAUCCUUCGGGAGGCUAGUCUCGUGAAGCUGUUCACGAAGCUGAAUGACUUCUACAACGACCGCCAGUCGUACAAAUGCCAGGCCGUGCCCAGCGUCCUGCAGUCCAUCAACAAGCGCUAUCCGGACACGCUGAAGGACUAUGGAGGACAGGCACUACCGCUGAUCUUCUUCGCGAUGCACGACGAGACGGACAAGGCAGUGAGUGAGGUGUGGAAGGAUCUGUGGAAUGACGUGUGUCCAGGCGAGUCGGGGAUUCGCAUGUAUCUGGACAGCAUAAUGCCGAAUCUUCUCAAGUUCCUGGGUGACUCCUCCUGGACACUGAAGUCGCAAAGUGGGAAUGCCAUCAAGACGCUGGCGAAGCAACUGGGCAAGUCCUUGAGUGCUGGCGACAGAGAGACGCUGAUCAGGGCCGUGGUGGCAGGGCUGGCGGGACGGACGUUCCAGGGGAAGGAGAAACUGCUGGAGGCUCUUGAGAAUCUCUGUGCACAUCUGGAGGAAGAUUCCGGAGAGCUGAGCACACUGGCUGUGGACGCCGUGAUGCGAGAGUGCCGGAAAGAGGAGCCGAUGUACAGGACGCACAGUUUGAAGGCAUUGGGCAGCAUCCUGGACGCCCUGAAGAUGGAUAGAUUUGAGGAGGUUUACAACAUGGUGUGGAACAUCUUGGAGAACACAUCGCUGGCGUCUGAGGAGGAGACAAUCUCGGCUGAAGAGCGCAACAAGGCGCUGCAGGUGAACAUUGCGCUGAAGGAGAGUGUGUGCGAGACUCUGGGAAAAGCCUGGCCAGUGAAUUCUCUGGAGACACAGCAGAAGUAUCAAGUGAUGUUUGCGCAGAAGUGCGUCGAGUGCUUGGGCAGGAACACGCGGCCUGUGCAGGUGAGUCUUCUGGCGGCGCUUGGGCGAUUUGUGGAGCGCCUGAAGAUUCUCGAGCCGCCCACAGAGGAGCCAAUGGAGAUUGAUAAUGCGGUGAAAAAGGCCAGAGUGGAUUCGGAGGGUGACACAGUGGACACCAUCUGCAGGAUCGUGCUGAAGUGCUCGAGCCAAGUGGCGGAGAUUCCCCACACGGGCCUAAAGAAAGAGGCGCUUAACAUCCUGCUUAUUCUGAUCAAUCGUCUGAAGAAGAGUAACGACGCGGCCACGCUGGGACUCAUCAAGGAGCACUUUGUGGCCACUGUGGAGCUGUUCAGGCGCGACAGCUCACCAGAGAUCAAGUGCAGAGUCACAGAUAUUGAGGACAAACUGCGCGACGUAUAAUUGUAAAGAGUGAAUUUCUUGUUCAAUAAAAAACUUCUAUGC